AUGGGUGACAAAAAAUUUGUCGCUGAAAAAAUACAAACAAUAAAUUGUGAUCAAAAAAAAGUAAGAGUUGUUCGUUUUAAUUCUGAUGGCAAAUAUGCACUAACAGCAGGAAGUGAUAAAAGUGAUUAUGGAGAGAUACUAGAUGUACGUAGUAGUAGAGAUAAUGGUUUAAUUUUAAGUGGUGGUGUAAGUAAAAAUUUAUUAUUACAUGAUGUAGAAACAAAAAGAAACAUUAGUCGAUGGUUUGGGCAUUUAGCAAAAAUUAAUUCUGUUUCUUUUAAUGAAGAAGGAACAAUGACAUUUUCUGCAUCUCAAGAUGGAACUGUUAGAUGUUAUGAUUUAAGAAAUAAAUCUAAAACACCAAUUCAAAUUUUUAAUGAAGCAACAGAUGCCGUUUUAUGUAUAUCAAUAAAAAAUCAUGAAAUAGCUACUGGAUCUGCUGAUGGUAAAUUAAGAUUAUAUGAUUUAAGAAAUGGUACAAUGACUUCAGAUGAUUUUGGUUACCCUGUUUCUUCAAUAAAUUUUUCUUCAGAUAAUCAAUGUAUACUUGUGUCUAUUCUCAAUUCAAAUGUUACCUUACUCGACAAAGUAAAUGGCGGGUCAUUGUUAAACUUAGAGUCACAUAUAAAUACAGAAUAUAAAUUAGAAUCAUGUAUAAUGGCAUCAGAAAAUGAGAUUGUCAGUUGUUCAGAGGAUGGGUAUUUGUAUAUUUAUGAAAUGUCAAAUGGUAAAGUUGUUGCAAAGUGUGAUCACAAACCUAACCUUUACAUUCAUUCUGUUGUAUCUCAUCCAAAGGAACCAAAAAUAUUAUCUGCAACAGGCGAUAAAAUAUACAUAUGGCAAUUACUAUCUUAA